AUGCGGUUUAUGGCCGUGAUAUACGGCGGAGCACAGGUAGCGGCCAAACCCCGUAUAGUGUGCUAUUGGGCUAAUUGGGUAAAUAUGGCACCGGAGGAGAUCGACGCCACCCUCUGUACGCAUAUUCACUACGCCUUUCACGUAAUGGACCCGCAAAACAACGUGAUAAAGGACUCCAAGGGUUGGCCACAACCGGAAAUAUACAAUAAAUUGUUGGCCUUAAAGCACAAGAAUCCGGCCCUACAGGUGGUGGUGUCGGUGGGCGGUUGGGGUCAACCAAACGAGCCGUAUUCAAAGUUGGUCAACACACCGGCCCUCCGUAAACAAUGGAUUGCCAACACUAUAGCUUAUAUACAGAAGUAUAAGUUUGAUGGCCUGGACAUCGACUGGGAGUACCCGGUCUGCUGGACGGGUAACUGUACCGCCGGUCCCGCAUCAGAUCGUGUUAAUUAUGGUGUGUUUGUGAAGGAAAUCCGCGAAGCAUUCAAUAAGCUCACACCACGGCUGACCAUAUCGGCAGCGGUGGUCGCGGGCGCCGACAUAGCCGACAAGGCGUACGAUUAUAAGGCUAUUGGAGAAGCGCUGGACUACGUGAACGUAAUGACCUAUGACUUGGCUCACGUGACCGACGGCCACACCGGACAUCACAGCAAGUUUAGCGUAUGUGUGGCCGAUGUGGAGGAUUACGUGAGUAAAGGUGUGCCCAAAGACAAGGUACUAAUGGGUCAGCCGUUCUACGGCCACACCUACCACUUGGCCGAUAGGAAUAAGCACGGAGUGGGCGCACCCAUCACUGGCGACGGUCACGUCGACGGCAAUUAUAAGUCGGUUUGCAAAUUGGUUAAGAGCCAGGGGUGGACUAAAGAGCAGUCCGAUGCCGGUCACGACCCCAUCGCCUAUAAGGACCUCGAGUGGGUGGGCUAUGACGACCCCUACGCCGCCUAUGACAAGAGCAAAUGGGUGAGAGAUAAUGGUUACGGUGGUAUAAUAAUAUGGGAGAUCAGCCAGGAUGAUUAUCGGAAAGAAUGCUGUUCACUGGCCAACCCAUUGUUACACGCGUUGAACUACGGCCUGUUUGGCACCGGACCAGAGCCCGACACUUAUGCGGUUGUAGCCGUUGUAUUAUGUAGUGUACCGUAUUUGACCACGGGCGAAAAGCUCCGGGUGAUCUGCUACUGGGCCAACAGUCUGCCCGAUGGUAUGAAACCGGAGCAAAUUGACCCGACCCUAUGCACUCACCUGCACUAUGCCUUUCAUCAAAUUGAUGACAAAAACAACGUGAUAAUCGACGAGAAGGGCUCAGCACAACCCGACACCUAUACCCGGCUGUUGGCCCUCAAGAAAAUCAACCCGGAUAUGAAGUUGAUAGUGUCGGUCGGCGGUUGGGCCAGGCCAGAUAUUAAAUGGUCCAGGUUGGUCAAUAGUGCUGAGCUCAGGCGCGAGUUUAUCCGUAAUACUAUACCCUAUUUGCAAAAGUAUAAGUUUGAUGGCCUGGACCUGGACUGGGAGUACCCGGUCUGUUGGACUGGUAAUUGUACCGCCGGUCCCAAAUCUGAUAAGGUUAAUUUUGGUCUGUUUGUCAAGGAAAUUAGGGCCGCGUUUGAGAAACUGACGCCACGUUUGACAAUAUCGGCGGCAGUGGUCGCCGGCACUGACAUCGCAGACAUUUCAUACGAUUAUAAAGUACUCGGCGAAGCGCUUGAUUACGUAAACAUUAUGACCUACGACUUGGCGCCGGUCACGUGGAAACAUACGGCCCAUCACUCGCCGUACGCCCUGUGCAUACAAAACGUGAACGAAUGGGUAGACCGGGGAGUGCCAAAGGCCAAGUGCCAGCUGGGCGUACCGUUUCACGCGCGUACGUUCACCCUGGUCAACGAGGCUGUGCACGGGAACAACGCCCCAACCACCGGGAACGGGAAAAAAGAUUACGAAGCCUAUCGUAAUGUUUGUAACCUCGUUAAAAAGGACGGCUGGACUAAAGAGCACAUUAACGGCACACAUAAUCCCUAUACAUAUAAAGGCGACGAAUGGAUUGGCUAUGACGACCCCUACGCCGCUUACGAUAAAAGCAAAUGGGUAAAAGACAACGGCUUUGGUGGUAUUAUUAUUUGGGAGGUUGGCCUAGAUGAUUAUACAAAACAAUGUUGCACUGUGGCCAAUCCUAUGCUUCAAGCUAUUAACCACGGCCUGUACGGUACCGGUCAGGCGCCCGACACAUAUGGUUGCGAACAGAAAUAA